UCACAACAUAUUAAAACUAGCCGUUACCAAAUCUAACGUUAAACUUCAAAAAACAUCAUUGAACAACUUCAAAACACAUCCAAAAAAAAUAUACAAACUUUUUUCUUGUUCUUUCACUCUUCCCUCUUCCAUUUUUUCUUAGCUCAGAGAAAAACUCUCAAAUUCUUAAAAAAAAAUAAAAAAAAAAUUGAAUCUUGAAUUUUUCGGUUUCUUGAAUUCUAGCUGUAUCAUUCUCCAAUGGCACCAACACCAAAAAACCAAAGAACCCCAACACCAUUUUCAAAACUAAAUCAUACCCAAAUACACAAUUCAAGAACACCACAAGCAAAGCACAAACUAAAUUUCACCAAUGUAAAACCUUCACUAAACCCUACUACUUUAACAGAGCAUCCUAUUGAAGUUAUAGGCCGUAUUCGCGAUUAUCCAGAUAGGAAAGAACAGCCAUUAUCGUCGUUACAGGUUAUAAACUCCGAUCGAGGGUCCUUAAGAGUGAAAACCGAUAUGGGGUAUCGAGAUUUUAGCUUAGAUGGUGUAUCGUUAUCAGAAGAAGAAGAUCUUGAUGAGUUUUACAAGAAGUUUGUGAAGUCGAGGAUUAAUGGUGUGAAAAUGGGAGAUAAAUGUACUGUUAUGAUGUAUGGACCGACAGGGGCGGGUAAAAGUUAUAAUAUGUUUGGGAGUUGUAAGCAACCUGGGAUUGUGUAUAGGUCUUUAAGGGAUAUUUUGGGUGAUGGGAUUGAAGAAAAUGAUGAAAAUGGUGUUGGAACAUUUGUGCAGGUUACUGUUUUGGAGAUUUAUAAUGAGGAGUUGUAUGAUUUGUUAUCGACGAAUAAUGGUGGAGGAUUUGGUUUUGGAUGGCCUAAAGGGAGUGCUUCUAAGGUGAGACUUGAAGUUAUCGGUAAAAAGGCCAAAAAUGCAACUUUUAUUUCCGGUACUGAGGCUACAAAGAUAUCAAAGGAGAUCCAGAAAGUGGAAAAGAGAAGAAUAGUGAAAAGCACUUUGUGCAAUGAGCGGAGCUCUCGUAGCCAUUGCAUGAUAAUCCUAGAUGUUCCAACAGUAGGGGGUCGGCUAAUGCUUGUCGACAUGGCUGGUUCUGAAAAUAUCGACCAAGCUGGUCAAACUGGCCUAGAAGCAAAAAUGCAGACUGGAAAAAUCAAUCAGGGAAACAUUGCUCUGAAAAGGGUGGUUGAGUCCAUUGCUAAUGGUGAUUCUCAUGUACCGUUCCGAGACAGCAAGCUAACUAUGCUUUUACAGGAUUCUUUUGAGGAUGACAAGUCCAAAAUUCUCAUGAUACUGUGUGCGAGCCCGGAUCCUAGAGAGCUUCACAAAACCAUCUCUACUCUUGAGUAUGGUGCCAAAGCAAAAUGCAUUGUCCGUGGCCCUCAUACGCCGUUGAAGGAGAAAGGCGCGGAAGAUUCUUCGUCAGCAGUUAUUUUGGGGUCAAGAAUCGCAGCUAUGGAUCAGUUCAUCUGCAAGCUUCAAAUGGAGAACAAGCUCAAAGAGAAAGAGUGCCAUGAAGCUAAGAGAAAACUUACAAAGAAAGAAGAAGAAAUCGCUACCCUAAGGUCUAAACUUGAGUUAGUUGUACAAGGGGGAGUGGAGACAACCGAGGAGAAUAUUGUUAUUAAAGUAAACGAGCUGACUCAGAUGCUGAAACAUGAAUUCGAAAAGAAGAUACAACAAUGUCAGAAAACAGCAAAUGAAUUCGUGGAGACGGAAAGGAGGAAGAUGGAAGAAAGAAUGUUCCAACAGCAACAAGAGUUUGAAAUGUUAAGAAGGCGUUUGGAGGAGAUCGAGGCCGAGCUUUGGCGUUCAAGGGUUGGCGGUAGAUCGCCAGAAGUGGAGGAGAGCAAUUUUGUAAAGAGGCUGCUGGAUAGUUACUCUGAGGAUGCAGGAAUGGUUAAAUCUAUGGAUUUGGACAGAUCUAUUGAUAUGGAUGCAACAGCCUAUAAAGUGGAAAGUAACACAAUCCAGGCAAUUUUGGGCAAUCCAAGAGAAGUUGAAGAUCCUUCUAUCUUAUUGCAACAUUUCACUAACAAAUCGUUCUUGGACACGGUGUUCGAGGAGGAAGAAGAAGGUGACGACAGUGAUGGGGACAAAGAGAAUCCCCCUGUCGAGGAGGUGCGAAAAGAGGUUAUUGAGGAAAAGACGAUAUGUACACUAGAAGAACGUUCCGAUGAUCUUUCUAGUGAGGCAGCCCCUUCCAGAAAAGACCUAAUUCAAAAUAUAUUCAAACUUUGCGGAAAUUCUAGAGAGCUUUCUAAGCAGUGCAUAGCGACCCCGGGACCUGCAGAAAAGAAAGUUAAAGACACUGAAUCUAAAUCACCUCCAGUUAAAGAAAUUGGAGAGGAUUCACCUGUGCGAAAAAUUCAUAAUUUGUCUAGUGAGGAGAUAGUAAAUGAUUCAAAGGAGAACUUCAACCCAACAUUUGAAAGCAUAGGCACUGAUCUGGAAGUGCACGUGAAAUGGGAAGCUGCAUCAAAGGAAAAUCCCUGGAUUAUUACCACACUAAAGGUUGUUAAAGGUUCAAGUUUAGCUGAUUUGCGCAAGCUCAUUGAGAUAUAUCUCAGUGCUGACAAUCAAGAACUCAAUUUCCUGGACAAGUCUGGUGCUGCAGUGCCUAAAGAAGACGAACCAAUCACACCGGUGAGUAAGCUUCCGUGGUUCAACAACGAGUUGCAUGGCUACCUAGCUUGCUUGAGGCUAGUGAAAGGAACCGACCUGCCUAAUUAUCUGCCAUUUACCUCACUGGAAAAUAAGCUUCUACCACAUGGCAUAGAGGGUCACUGAAAAGAAGAUAUCUCUGUGACUAUUAGUUGAUAUCGUUGUGUAAGUUUGUGAGCACGUAAGUAAUCUUACGCUCAAAUAUAUGAUUUGUUUUGAUUGAGCAUGUAAGUAUUUGGAUUUGCUCUGGAGUAAACCUGAAGGUUGAACAUGUAUGUUGUAAUCGUAUGCUCAAAUAUAUAAUUUGUUCUGUUCUGGAGUACAUCUGCGGAUGUACGCACUGCAGAUUUGUAACAUAUUUCUCAGUUAGUAUGCACGGAAAAGGGCCUAAAAUGCCCCUGAACUAUCGUUU